AUGAACACCUUCCUCUACUUCUCAGCUUUCAUUGUGAAUAUACUGAGCGCAACAACGGGAUCAGUGUUCUCGUGGACAUCCCCGGCGUUGCCGAAGCUCCUCAGCAGCGAUCCCUCCAUCAACCCCCUGGGGCGCCCGAUUACAACUCUGGAGGAAUCUUUACUGACGAUACUGCAAAACAUCGGAGCCAUUAUAGGAAGCAUCACCGCUGGAUUCGCCGCUGAAUAUCUGGGAAGGAAAAGAACCUUGGUGAUGUAUUCCACGACGUUCAUUGUGUCGAAUCUGGUGUUCAUUUUCGCCAGGCACAUAAAUUUCUAUUUGUUUGCACGAGUGUUGAUUGGCAUUGGUGCUGGUUCAGUGCUAACAUUGGUAUCCAGUUACACCACUGAGAUAUCGGAAGAUUCCAACAGGGGUAGGGUGGGAUCAGCUUCAGGUAUUUUAGCUAAUUGCGGGCAUUUAAUCAGCUUCGGAGUGGGACCUUUUGUGUCGAUUCCGGUGUUUUCCUGCAUACAGUUGGCGCUUGUGCUGGCGUUUUUGUGCUUUUUUGCGCCAUUCGUCCCGGAAAGUCCGUACUAUUAUUUAGCUAAAAACGACGACGAGAACGCGUUGAAAAGCCUUGGUAAAUUCCGAACAACCUCCGACAACUACAAGGAAUUGUUGUAUAUAAAAGAAGUUAUCAGCAAAAGGAGAAGUGAGAAAGUUAGUUGGAAAAAUUUGACUCAACCACCGACAAGAAACGGGUUGAUAGUCGGCACUGGUUUGCUUCUUUUACAAGGUCUUACUGGGAUACCUGUAGUAAUAUUUUAUCUACAAACCAUAUUAGAAGCGAGCGGCACUUCCAUACCAUCAGAGUACGGCUCACUCGCUAUUGGUGUCGUGCAGCUUUCCACAACAAUCAUAUCGGGAAUGCUGAUAGACCGCGUCGGUCGGAAAAUUCUCCUGUAUAUUUCUUCUGCAGGCUGCUCAGUAUCCUUGUUAUUUCUAGCGACUUAUUUCUUGUUGAAGGAUCAGCAUUAUAACCUCGAAGCGGUAUUCUGGCUACCUUUAGCUAGCCUUGCAAAUUACUUCAUCAUGUAUUACAUCGGCUUCGGGCCCAUACCGUGGGCGAUGAUCGGAGACCUUUUCCCUACCAAUGUCAAAUCGAUGUGUGUCAGCAUUGCUGGGACUAUUUGCCACAUCAACGGUUUGUUUAUUAUAGGGAGUUUUCCAAUUGCUAGAGAGACCUUCGGCAUGACCGGGAUUUUUUACGUUUACGGCGGGUUCGUUGCAGUUGCUGGGUUGUUCGUUUGGAAGCUGGUACCCGAAACGAAAGGGAAAAGCUUGGAGGAUAUACAGAUUUCUCUGAGCAAAAAUAAAACGUAG